CCACACACCGGAUUCCACCUUACGCUUUUAUUUACAAUUUUCGAUAUAGUUUACAAACUCCCUAUCAAUCAACCAAAGUCAACACCAGGUCCAGGCAAACUGCUACGACCGAAACCGCACCGAACCAUCAACCCUGACCGCUUGCUUGACAACAGCUUAAAUUAUUAAACAGCACAAAGCACAUCCGCACUGAACGACCACCACGUCAGAACUUGCCCUUUGUAAAGUCAGUCCCUUGGUUGGUUAAAGCGCGUAACCAAGCGCGGCACCAAAAUGACGAUCUGUAAUCUGUACAUCUUCGACAAAUACGGAACACUGCUCUACUAUGGCGAAUGGAAUCGCCUUAAACACUCUGGCAUUACGAAAGACGAGGAAGCGAAGCUCAUGUACGGGAUGCUGUUUUCGAUCAAAUCGUUCGUUAGUAAGAUAUCACCGAUGGACCCCAAGGCGGGCUUUCUGCACUACAAAACGAAUAAAUAUGCGCUCAACUAUCUGGAGCUACCGUCGGGCGUGAAGUUUGUGCUCAACACGGACAACACUUCGACAGGCAUUCGCGAGUUUCUGCAAACCAUCUACAGCAAGCUUUGGGUUGAGUACGUCGUUCGGAAUCCGUUGUGGACGAUGGGCACGCCCGUCACGUCGGAUUUGUUCGAGGCGAAGCUGAAUGAGUUCGUGAAGCAAUCGCCACUGUACGGUUCAAAGAUAAUUUAGAAAAGUCCGUAUCGCGGCAUUCUCCUUGGCUACAAAGAAAACAAGCACAACGCCCUCAUGUAGCAUGUGCCUGGGACCCGGACAAUCUCGCGAUCUCAGAAGCUCUUCAACCGCCAAUAUUCCGACAUCCAGUCACGUAUGCUUCGAUAGUGCUUUUCUCGUGCUAGAACCACCGUUUCCGGAUCCUUCGGGUUCGAAGCACGCAGAUCGAUAUGAUGGGCGCCUUCUGGGAUGAGUAUGAUUUUAAUUUUAUCGUUGCUUGAACGCAGCACGCCUCCUCCAGACCACGGAUCGAGCAGGCCGUUGCUGAAGACAAUGUUCGUAAUGCUACUACUGCUGGGACAGGAGAAAGAAAGUAAAAGUGACAUGAGUGACAGUGAUAACGUAGCAAACCACACAAAACACAUGUAACAAGCUAAGGAACAGAUAGCAACGCUAAGC